AUGGGCUUUUAUCCAUUCCAUAUUAGUGUGGCGAUCAUUACCUAUGUCGUCCUCGGCGGCUUUACCGUGUUUUUUGGAAUGUUCAGUUUGCUUAUCCGUGAAAAACUCUAUCUCGGAGAGUCAAUAGUAGCAUUCCUGUUCGGUGUCAUCAUUGGCCCAUAUGGCGCGAAUAUAUUUAACCCUCGCCAAUGGGGCGAUGGGAGUCGUGAGGUUGUUCAAUCGAUUACACUCGAGAUUACGAGAGUCGUGCUCGCGGUCGGUGUGUUUGCCAUUGGUGUGGAAUUACCGAGCAAAUACAUGCAAAAGCACUGGAAGAGCCUUGUAUUCCUUCUCUUGCCCAUAAUGAGUAUCGGAUGGGUAAUCUGUGCUGGCCUCAUUUAUGCGCUCAUCCCCCGACUCGAUUUCAUGUCGAGUUUGGCCAUUGCUGCAUGCCUAACCCCAACGGACCCUAUCCUUGCGGCUGCCGUUAUCAACGGUCGGUAUGCGGAAAAGCAUGUCCCGGAACACAUUCGACACCUCUUAUCAGCAGAGAGCGGGUCCAACGAUGGCGCAGCCUUCCCGUUCCUCUUCAUCUCACUCUACGUAAUUCUCGAAGCAGAUGAUCGAGUGGCCGUUGCACACUGGUUCUACAUCACGUGGCUCUACGAGAUUCUCUUAGGAAUAACUAUCGGAGGCUUGAUCGGAUAUGGGUUCCGACACCUCAUGAAGUUCUGCGAAAGUCGCGACCUGAUCGAUAGACACUCCUAUGUCGCCCAGUACAUUUCUCUGGCUCUCCUUUCGAACGGCAUCACCGCACUUCUUGGGUCGGAUGACCUGUUGGCGGCGUUUGCAUCUGGCGUCGCCUUUGCCUGGGACUCCCACUUCAACAAGCAGACGGCAGACUCGGUAUUUUCUGCUGUUAUCGAUCUACUCUUCAACGUGGCCAUUUUCGUCUUUAUCGGUGCUUGGAUGCCGUUCAACAACUUCUCCAAUGAAGACACGUCCAUCACUGUCUGGCGAUUGGUUGUGUUGGCCAUCCUGGUUCUUCUACUCCGACGACUUCCGGUCAUGCUUUUGCUCUACAGGUGGAUCCCAGAUAUCAGAACCUUCCGUGAAGCUCUCUUCAGCGGUCAUUUCGGGCCAAUGGGCGUCGGAGCCAUCUUCAUCGCGACCCUGGCACUUGAGAAGCUCCCACACCCGCAUGAACCUCCAUCUAAUCAGACAGACGUCCUCGCACUGGCCAUGGAACCCAUUAUCGCGUUUAUGGUCAUGUGUUCCAUCCUGACUCAUGGUCUCUCUAUUCCAUUCUUCAAUCUCGGCCGACGAGUUCAAUCGCUGACUAUACCGCGCACAUUGUCCCUGCGAGGACACCACGAACCCGAAUGGGCUGGUCAGACUAUCAAGGUCACCCGCCCCGAAGACAUUGUCGUCAAUCGCGACCAUGAGCCCGCUACAACCACGAUCACCGAAAAGGAAAUGGAAGAAGGACGUGCCGCACUUACAACAUCUAGCUCGGAAGGGACAAGGAAGCCUGAAGAUGGUGAGGUAACUCCGCUCGAGGAAGGUGGCGUCGAAGUCAGAGAAUGGAGAGAAGGCAGGCAUCUCGUCAGGGAAUACCGCCCGAAAGAUCCAGGAGGAGAGGUUCGCGUGGAAGUGAUUCGCGAUGCGUACGCCGACUCUGGAAAUCCAAAUCUCGACGCCAUCAAAGCAACGUUUACGGUCGCUGAAAGCGCGAUCAAGGACGAAGUGAGACGUUAUUUGGGUUCUUUCUCUCAACGCCCAUCGCUCGAUGAUUCAGCUUCGCGUUCUUCCAAGAGAAAGGGACCCGAGAUUGAAGAACAACGUGUUGGGCUCGAACAUGACGAUGAGGCCGACUGGGAAGAUGAACCAUCCAGCGAGGCAGAAGGAGCGGGCAAGAAAAUCAAACGCCCGUCAUCUCCUCGUGGACGUCGUCAUGGAGGGCGAAAUGCGUCUAUUCGUCGUACCGCGCUUGGUGCCGCCCGUAACUCUCGACACGCAAGCGUUGAUGACGAAGCAACAAACACACCAAUUGUCACCGUUCCAUCUUUACCGGGUGGAUCAUCCGGGAUCUUAGUCCGCACCGGUACAGAGUUGACGAGGACCGAUUCGAGGCACUCUAGUCCUUCUACGCCUAAUCAACCUCAGCCACGCUACGGAAGCACUGCUAUUGACUUUAUCCGUACCGACUCUAUCUCGUCUGUCCGCUCGGGCAAUGGUGGAGAUAGGGUAGCGAGACUGAGGCUCAGAGAGGGCGGGGCCGAUACACCAAACGUGAGGAGCAGAGAUUCGUCACCGUCACGUGGUGUACGCUUUGAGCUGUCACAACCGCCCUCUCAACCUAGCUUGCCACACCCACAUGCUCGUGAACAACAACAGGAGCCGGAUCCAAACCCACAAAGGGCGAGCGCUUUGAAACCUCUUAGACGAUGA